CAUUAAACAGAUGAUCAAAAGAAAGCGAAGUUCUCGAUAACGCGGAUGGUAUUUAUUCAAAAAUAUUAUAAAUAAAGUACGGUGAUUCAGGGGGACAGGAAGAGAAGGAAGGACGGAGGACGUCUACUAGUGACCUAUUUGGGGGGUUCGGUGAUAGCUCAACUUUAACUAGUUACAGCUGAUAAGAAUAGCUCGGCAUUUAUUGUAAAUAUAGCGUCCAUCGUUCGUGAACUGUGCUUAUUACUUAAUACGUACAAUACGCACCGAGUAAACGCAUCGGUUUAAUGUCAGUGAACUGUUAUUGGUCAGUAAUCGUACAACAUCGAUAAUAAUUCUUCUUCUAUAACUGUACAGUAAUAAUUAAAUAUUCAUACUCGUUACCAUUUUCUUUCAAGUCGGCUUAAGUCGUAUCGUUAAGUUUUUCUAGUUCGGUUUCAAGAGGACUGCAGGACGAUUUUUAUAAGGAUUGACAAUGGGUGCUUUUGACGAAGAAGAGCAGACGUAUUGGCCGCCGAAUGAGAAUCCACUGAAUAUCGAUAAAGAAUGGAGACACAGGGCAGAAACCGAACUCAACGAAGAUCCCGAAAAGGCUAAAGAAAAUAUGAAAUUAUUAGCGAAAAAACUAGCUGACGACAAAACGUUAAACUCAAGAACAGACGAUGUAUUUCUAAUGGCCUUUCUUAGAGGUCGAAAACAUAAUGUGGAUUCGGCUCAUAAACUAAUUAAAACUUACUACGAAAUGAAACACGCGUAUCCAGAAUUCUAUCGAGAUGCCCUUCCGUCGGAAAAAGGCCACCUGUACGACAUGGGUUAUUUAGGUUUAAUACCGGGCGAAGACCGAGCCGGACAUAGAUUAUGCGUAUGCAUACCAGGACGGAUGGAUUUUAGCCAGAUAUCAGUCGAAGAGGUGUUUCAAGUAGGCUGUAGUAUAUUCGAAAUAGCGUUACUCAAUCCUGAAAUACAAAUAUCAGGGGUAUCAGUAAUAAUGGAUUUAACUGGCAUGACAUUACUUCAACAAGCGAGACUUAUCAAUCCAAGGUUUGCUUGGCAGUUGACAAAUUGUAUACAGGAAAAAAUUCCGGUACGAUUACGAGGAGUACACGUACUUCAUCAACCAUCCUAUUACACGGCUUUAUACGCCAUUUUCAGACCUUUCCUAAAAAGAAAACUACGUAAAAGGAUCCAUCUUCACGGCUCAGACAUGAGCUCGUUGCAUGAUUUCAUAUCGCCAGAGUAUUUACCAGCCGAGUGGGGUGGAAAAAGACCCGAAUAUAAUGCUAAAGCUAUCACGAAACUAAUAAAAGAAAACGAAAAUAAAUUAAUCGAAUGGCGACAAUAUGGUAUUAAAAAAUGAAAAGCAGUAUCUCGAUAUAUCCUAUGCGAUUGAUAAGCGCGAUCACGACCGACUUUUACCAAUUUUCUCGAUUAUUUUACGAAUACGUAUUGAUAAAUAACCUAUUUUCUAAGACGACAAUUUUGUUGAUCGUAUCAAGUUGAGGUAUAUAGAAAUAAAAAAAUUAUAUUGUUAUUUUUUAUCCAUGUACCAAUACCAUUAUUUCAAUUUUUUCUUUUGUACUAUUAUCAAUUUUAUUAUUAUAUAGGUAGUAAAAUACAUUUUGAAAGAACU